AUGCCGAUGUCGAGGCAACCCUACAACCACCACCACCACCACCGCCACCACAACCACCUCGUCUUCUUUCUUUUUCUUGCACUUGGAGUAUUUGCUGCUAGUUCUGCAGCAAAUAAUGAAGUCGAUACUUUACUUUCUUGGCUUCACAGCUCCUCUUCUUUACUCUCUCCAGUUUUCUCUAAUUGGAACCAUUUGGAUUCUAACCCUUGUAAGUGGUCUUAUAUCACUUGCUCUUCUAAUAACUUUGUUAUUGAAAUCAACAUUCAGUCUACUGAUAUUGCUCUUCCUUUCCCUUCCAAUCUUUCCUCUCUUCUUUACCUUGAAAAGAUCAUUCUUUCUGCUGUUAAUCUCACCGGUACUAUCCCACCUGAUGUUGGAGACUGUAAAAACCUGAUAGUCCUUGAUGUUAGUUCUAACAGUCUUGUGGGUAGUAUUCCUAAAAGCAUUGGCAAGCUCCAAAAUCUUCAGGACUUGAUUUUGAACUCCAAUGAGUUUACUGGGGAAAUCCCAGUUGAGCUUGGUAAUUGCUCUAAUCUCAAGAAUCUUGACAUAUAUGAUAAUUUCUUUAGCGGGAAUAUUCCAGUUGAACUAGGCAGACUAACAAAUUUAGAGGUCAUUCGCGCUGGAGGGAACAAGAACAUUGCAGGAAAGAUUCCAGAAGAGCUUGGAGAUUGCGAGAAUUUGCAAGUUCUUGGUUUAGCUGAUACUAAAAUUUCAGGUUCUAUACCUGCUUCAUUAGGCAAGCUAAGCAAGCUUCAAACACUAUCAGUAUACACUACAAUGCUGUCUGGUGAGAUUCCACCUGAUUUAGGCAACUGCUCAGAGCUUGUCAACUUAUUUUUAUAUGAGAAUGAUCUCUCAGGUUCAUUGCCACCACAGUUGGGUAAACUACUGAAGCUGGAAAAGAUGUUACUAUGGCAAAACAAUUUUGAUGGGAUUAUUCCUAAUGAGAUUGGAAACUGUAAAAGCUUGAAGAUUUUUGAUCUUUCCUUAAAUUUUUUCUCUGGAGACAUACCUAAGUCUUUUGGCAACCUAUCAAAUCUCGAAGAGCUUAUGCUUAGCAAUAAUAAUAUUUCUGGUUUGAUCCCUCCAGUUCUUUCAAAUGCUACAAAUUUACUACAGUUGCAGCUUGAUGCUAAUCAGAUAUCAGGUUCAAUUCCUAAAGAGCUUGGUAUGCUGACACAGUUAACAGUCUUCUUUGCUUGGCAGAACAAACUUGAAGGAAGCAUUCCUGUAGAGUUAGGUAGCUGCAGAAGCCUUGAAGCAUUAGAUUUAUCGCAUAAUGCACUUACUGGUAGCUUACCUCCUGGCCUAUUUCAGCUUCAGAACCUAACAAAGCUUCUUUUAAUUGCUAAUGACAUUUCUGGUUCAAUUCCUCAAGAGAUUGGUAAUUGCAGCGCUCUUAUUCGUCUUCGCCUCGUAAAUAACAAAAUCAGUGGAAAUAUUCCAAAAGAAAUUGGAUUGCUCAAUGACCUCAAUUUUCUUGACUUGUCUGAAAACCAUCUUGGUGGGACUUUACCAGACGAAAUUGGAAAUUGCUCUGAUUUGCAGAUGUUGAACUUAAGUAACAACACCCUUCAAGGUAAUUUGCCUAAUUCUUUAUCUUCUCUUACUAGACUUCAAGUAUUGGAUGUUUCUAUGAAUCAAUUUGUGGGUGAAAUUCCAACUAGUUUUAAUAAACUUAUUUCACUUAAUAGACUGAUUCUAAGUAAGAACUUUUUCUCUGGGGGAAUUCCUUCCUCACUUAGUCAAUGUUCAAGUCUUCAGCUUCUUGAUCUCAGUAGCAAUGAACUAUCUGGCAAGAUCCCAGUUGAACUGUUUGAUAUUGAUGGUCUUGAUAUUGCUUUGAAUUUGAGUUGGAAUGCGCUUACUGGGGUAAUCCCACCACAGAUUUCUGCUCUAAACAAAUUAUCUAUUCUUGACCUAUCACACAAUAAGCUAGGAGGAGACUUGGUAUCACUGGCUGGUCUUGAAAAUCUUGUUUCUUUAAACAUUUCCUACAACAAUUUCUCUGGCUAUCUUCCGGACAAUAAGCUGUUUAGACAGUUAUCUGCGACAGACUUGGCAGGAAAUCAGGGAUUGUGUUCUAAAGGCCGUGAGUCAUGUUUCUUAAGCAAUGCAACAAUGAUGAGCAUGGCUAAUAAUGGUCACUUGAAAAGAUCACAGAGACUUAAACUAGCCAUUGCAUUGCUCGUCGCCUUGACUAUAGCAUUGGCAAUUUUUGGGGCGAUUAUUUUUUUUAGAGCUCGAAAAUUGAUAGGAGAUGAUUGUGAAUCUGAGUUGGGAGGAGAUUCAUGGCCUUGGCAUUUCAAUCCAUUUCAGAAGCUAAAUUUUUCAGUAGAACAAGUCCUAAAAUGCCUAGUGGAAGACAAUGUAAUAGGAAAAGGAUGUUCAGGAAUUGUGUAUCGUGCAGAACUUGAAAAUGGGGAAGUCAUUGCUGUUAAAAAGCUUUGGCCAGCAACAAUUGCUGCAGGACAUGAUUGUCAAAAUGAUAGGUUAGGAAUUGGAGGAGUUCGCGAUUCCUUUUCAGCUGAGGUAAAAACUCUUGGUUCCAUUCGCCAUAAGAACAUUGUUAGAUUCUUGGGAUGCUGUUGGAAUCGAAACACGAGAUUGCUUAUGUAUGACUAUAUGCCUAAUGGGAGCUUAGGCAGUCUUCUUCAUGAAAGAAGUGGUGGUUGCUUGGAAUGGGAAGUGAGGUACCGGAUAGUCUUGGAAGCAGCACAAGGUCUUGCUUACUUGCAUCAUGACUGUGUUCCUCCAAUUGUUCACAGAGACAUUAAGGCUAACAACAUUCUCAUUGGCCCAGAAUUUGAACCAUAUAUUGCUGAUUUCGGACUUGCCAAGCUUGUCGAUGAUGGUGAUUUUGCUCGCUCUUCAGCUACUGUUGCUGGCUCCUAUGGUUACAUUGCUCCAGAGUACGGAUAUAUGAUGAAGAUAACCGAAAAAAGCGAUGUGUAUAGCUAUGGUGUGGUGGUGCUAGAAGUACUAACUGGGAAGCAACCAAUUGAUCCAACAAUACCAGAAGGGCUUCACAUUGUAGAUUGGGUGAGGCAGAAGAGAGGAGGGAUUGCAGUGCUCGAUCCUAGCUUACGAGCUCGGCCCGAAUCAGAGAUUGAAGAGAUGUUGCAGACCAUAGGAGUAGCUUUGCUAUGUGUAAAUCCAAGUCCUGAUGAUAGGCCUAACAUGAAGGAUGUAUCAGCAAUGCUCAAGGAAAUAAGGCAGGAGAUUAGAGAUCACGAGUGCUUGAAAGUGGACAUGCUUAUAAAUGGAUCUUCAGGAAAUACUCAACAGGAGAAUAGCAAUAACUCUCCAUCAUCAGCGCUGAUGCAAGAACAAUCAUAUCCUGAAAGCAACAGUACAAGCCUUUCUGCUUCUUCAUUUUUACAUUCUUCUUCAUCCAUGGCUAAAACUACAUUCAAAUAAAUUUCUUAAAUAUUUUUUUAUCCUUGCAGCAUCAUGUAUCACUAUUAUUUUAGAUAAACUGGAUGUUAGCUAGUCCAGUGUCAGAACUUUCUUGUGUAAAAUAGAAAAGCAGGCAAUUAAAAAUCUUUAUAUA